CCACUUUCAAGCACUGUCACAGGGCAAUGAGCGAGCCAGAGGCCAAAUUGAGUAAGAAGUAAGUGAGAAAAAUGAUGAUCGUGUCUCAUUCGAUGUUGAGCCGAUCGGCUGUUUCAUUCUUGCGACGUAGGUCGUCUUCAUUUUUCGGGACGUCAGUUUUUCUGAGCCAAAACACUCGUGAGCAGAAGAGGCUCGCCAAGCAAGCCAAGAAGGAACAAGAACGUCUGGAGAAGGAUGCUGCUAAGCUGAAUGUUGCCGUCGCUGAUGCUCCAAAAGUUGUGCGAGAGGCGGAUCCUUCUGACCCCCAAGAGUAUUUCAACAUGAGAGUUAGGAUGAUUGAGGCCCGUAGAGCUGCUGGUGAUAAUCCAUUCCCACACAAGUUCAACGUUACAAUUUCAUUGACGGAUUUCAUUACUAAGUACACUCCACUUGAGAAAGAACAAGUCGUUGAAGAAAUUGUAUCUGUUGCUGGACGUAUUCAUUCGAAAAGAGAGUCUGGAUCGAAGCUUGUCUUUUACGACAUUCACGGCGAAGGAACUCAUAUCCAGAUUAUGGCAAACGCCAAGUUCCACACCGGAGACGUUGACUUCGUUACACUGCACGAUCGUAUCAAGCGUGGUGAUAUUGUUGGAUUCACUGGUCGCGCAACACGUACCAAGGCAGGAGAGUUGUCCUUGAUUCCAAACGAGAUUUUACAACUCACACCUUGCCUCCACAUGCUUCCUCAUUCUCACUUCGGACUUAAAGACAAAGAAUUGAGAUUCCGUAAACGUUAUUUGGACCUUAUUCUGAAUCCCCGCGUCAAGGAUAACUUUGUUAUUCGCAGUAAAAUCAUUACUUUCCUUCGUCGGUACCUUGACAACUUGGGAUUCCUUGAGGUCGAGACUCCAAUCAUGAACCAAAUCGCUGGAGGAGCCACUGCUAAGCCAUUCAUUACCCACCACAACGACUUGGACAUGAACCUCUUCCUUCGUGUAGCUCCUGAGUUAUACCAUAAGAUGCUCGUUGUCGGAGGUAUUGAUCGUGUGUACGAAGUUGGACGUCUUUUCCGUAACGAAGGAAUCGACUUGACUCACAACCCUGAGUUCACCACUUGUGAAUUCUACAUGGCAUAUGCUGAUUAUGAAGACGUCAUUCAACUCACCGAAGAUCUUCUCAGCAGCAUGGUCAUGUCUAUCAAGGGAACCUACAAAAUCGAAUACCAUCCGAAUGGUCCAAACACCGAACCGGUUUAUGAAGUCGACUUUACACCACCAUUCAAGAGAGUUCAUAUGUACGAUGGACUCGCAGAGAAACUCGGAGCUACUCUCCCAGAUCCAUCUACUUUGCACACGGAAGAAGCUCGUGAAGUUUUCGACAAGCUGUGCCGUGACAACAAUGUGGAUUGCUCUGCCCCACGUACAACGGCUCGCCUUCUUGACAAACUCGUUGGAGAGUACCUCGAGAGCACAUUUAUCUCGCCAACCUUCCUCAUCGGACAUCCACAAAUCAUGUCACCACUCGCCAAGUGGCAUCGUUCCAUCCCUGGACUUACCGAGCGCUUCGAGUUGUUUGCGGUGACUCGCGAAAUCGCCAACGCGUACACUGAGUUGAAUGAUCCUAUUACUCAACGUCAACGCUUCGAACAACAAGCCAAGGACAAGGAUGCUGGAGAUGAUGAGGCUCAAAUGAUCGAUGAAACAUUCUGCAACGCUUUGGAAUACGGACUUCCACCAACUGGAGGAUGGGGAAUGGGAAUCGAUCGUCUCUCCAUGAUCCUUACUGAUAACAACAACAUCAAGGAAGUCCUUCUUUUCCCAGCAAUGCGACCGGAAGAUGGUACUGAGAAGAAGACCGAUUUCGAUGCUCCAACAACACUUGCUUAAUUAUUCACGGAGAUGUCAUAAUUACAGCUUUGGUUUUCAUUAUUUGUUUGGUUAUUAUUUAUAUCACAAAUUUCGCUAAUCGGCGAGACCCCUCUAUUGCUUUUCUCUCCUAUCUCGUUUUUGUUAACCCAGUUUCUUUUGAAUGAACCCUUGUUAUGACGAUUUUAUGGUUUUCCAACGGUAAUUCAAUAAAUGAUAUUAU